UUAUUUACUAAGAAUUAAGGCAUAAAGCCAGACCUGGCAGCUCUCAUGAAAAUAAACAUUCUUAAUCUCUGAUUAUUUCCAAGUCAACAUUUCAGCCAUGGAGAGACACGACAUGCUGUACUCCGACGUAGAGUCCGCAUCAUCGUCAACAUAUCAACACUCACAAACGGAUAUCUCUGUCCUGUCAGCAUCUACCGCUGCAUCGACUGUUGUCCCCGACGAGGGCAUUAUCGCAAGGACCUAUGACGCCGCCAAAAGUCUGUCGCACAUAAACUGCCCCCACCAAUUACAAAGAGACCACCAAAGGAACAGCUUCACCAACACGACCACAAAGGCAGCAUUCAAUCACGCCUACCAAUCCUACGCACAAACCUCUCAUAUGGGUAUUCUUGACCCAGCAUAUAAAGUAUUCGUUAGUAAGAAAGGCUACGGAUCAUUGAUCUACAAGAUUCACGCCAGGACCGUUGUCGUCGCCGGGGACCCAUUAUGCUCAGAAUUCCAUCGAAAGCCACUCUUGAGUGAGCUUCGCCGUUACCGCUGGGCUCGCGGUCUAUCACUUGCAUUCGUCGGGAUUAGCGAGGACUUUGCUAAGUAUGCCCAACAACAAGGCUGGGCGACAAUGCAUUUUGGCCAUGAAGCUGUUCUCAACCCCCUGACCAACAAGGUCCUUCGAAAACAGGCAGGCAAGCGGAUGAUCUCACAGAACAAGCAACUCCUUGAUCCAAAGCGUGGUGGUAUAACGGUCAACAUCUACUGCCCGGGCAUUAAUGAAGCGGAUUCAGGUCUGGAGCGCCAAUUGCAGGAUCUUUAUGAUGAUUGGAGGGAAGACAGAAACCGGAAGCAUGGAGACGGCUCACAGGCUUUCGUCACUGUCUACAACCUCUUCUCGCUCCCUGAAUCAACAAUCUUCUUAUACACUUCUGAUCGCGAUGGCAAAAUUAACGGACUUGCAACACUACGAGAACUCGGUGCAGAGACAGGGUAUCACCUCGAUCCUUGUAUUGCGUCCCAAGAUGCACCACGAGGAAUUUCAGAUCUCCUUAUUGUCACUGCCAUGGAGCUGCUGAAAGCUUCUGACAUAGGCUACAUGAGCCUUGGCAUCGAGCCCCUCAAUGAGGUUCAAGAGGUUACGGGGUCAUCGAAGCUUGUGUCACAGCUCUGGAAGAAUAGCUAUAACCAAAUGAUUCAGUCAGUGCCUGUGACAGGCAAAGCAGCAUACUUCAAGAAGUUCUGCCCAGAUGAGUCGCUUACCUCGAAACUCUUUAUAUGCAUACCCAGCAAAGGAAUUCCCGUUCGCAGAUCAAUUGCUCUACUGCAAUUCGCGAACAUGAACGUCGGGCAACUAUUGACACAAAUACAUCUUGGAGACCGGCACAGGGAAAAGCAAACACUACAAUCUUAACCCUGUCCCUCUUUUCUUUUUCUUUUUGUAUAAUACUGUCACUCAUACAUAUCAGGAGCGGGGAUACCAUUCAAUCAUUCAGUUUCUUUUGUCACAUAGAUAGAGCAAGUUUUAUUAUAUAGCGAUUCAUGAUUACAACAUUUGAC